CUCCAGUCCCUGUGUGUUCCUGUGUUUUCCUGUGUUUACUCUGGGAACAGGACAACUGAGACAGCAACCGAGGCUGAAUGGGUGCCACCAGCUAGCACUCAGAUCAUGUCCGGCUGACACCAAAGGGAGCAGCAGUCAGCCCCAUGUCCAGGAGUUAUCUCUAGGUGUGAGGAACUUGGGACACAAUGUCUCUCAUGCUGAUCUCCUUCCUUAUAAGCCUUCUGCUUGGAGUAAUUGUAGUAACUGUCCUCAUUUUCAGGUGGCUCGUAUGUACUCUAACUGUGAAAAUAUUCCAAAAUGCCUUGAAUGCCGAGCUGAAAAUCAGAUCAGUAGGAUUGUUUUCAGUUCGAGGAAUUAGUAUCCAGUUUCAUCCCCAGCAUACUGUGGAAAUCGACAGAAUAUGGAUAUCAAGUAAACUUUUAAAUCAGGACUUGCCGAGGUACCUGGCAUUGUGUGUAGGUGAAACCAGAGUUAGGUUUGACUUGCAAGAACCACUGAGACCUCUGGUAAAGAAGAGCCAUGGAAAAAGUUCAGGGAAGAUGUCAAUCAGCCCCACAACACUACGGUUUCUCUCACAGCUGCUUUCAUUCCACAUCAGCUCAAUCAAUGUGAUGGUGCUUAACCUAACUCUGACAGAGUCCCUAUGGCAUAUGACUAUCACUGGCAUCAACUUGUUACUCAACCACCAGGGUAAAAGGUUGGCUUGGGACUUCUCAGUUGGGCAACUAAGCAGUAAAGUGCUUAAAAGCAGUCGAUUGGACUUGUGUCUGGCUGAAGUCUCCCUGAGCCUGUUACUGUCUGGGGAUGUGAGCUUACCAGAGAUGAAGCCAGGCUGUCUGUCCCUGUAUACGAGGACACUUAUAGCAGAGCUGCAUGAGGGUCUGUUCCUCAGCCAACUGCUGCCGCCUCCGUCUCCCCCAAAGAGCAUUCACAGUGCAUCUGAAUGUGAAACCAGUCAUUUCAUCCAAACUGAGGCAGUGGAACAGUUUCAUCAGUUGAUUCCUCAGAAGGUCAAUGUGGAAUUUGAGAAUACAAAUGUAACUCUGUCCAUGCACAGCCAGAAAAGACACUUGAACUGGACUCUGAAGUCUCUUAAGGUCAGCUAUGGGCGUGAGAGUGAGCAGCUUCCUCUCAAGAGCUUCACUCCUGAGCUGAGCUUCCCCCAGAGCCACCUGGAGCUCCUUCUUGAAGACGGACUUCUCCUCUCACAAAGUCGGCAAAGAAUCCUUUGCCUGAACACUCUCAAGACUGCCCUGCAGGUUACAUCAAUAGAUAUUUCAGGGUCUUUUAUAGUCAACACUUGCAUCAUCCACUACCGUCAUCAGGAGUUCUCCCAUUGGUUGGACCUAUUUCCAUGGGAACAGCUAAUUCACAGGAAAGCAGCACACAGGAAAAGGCGCUUCCCCCACCUGGACGCUCCUGUAAUGAUCAGCUCGUCUGUGUCCAACGUCAGUGUGUCCGUCCAGCUGGGAGACACAACACCUUUUGCUCUGGGCUUCAUCUCUGCCCGUACAGAACUGCAGCAUCUUCUUGACAUUAAACAUGGCGAAGAGAGCCUGACAUCCCAGAAUGUGCACCAGCGUGCCUGCCUGUCCCUGGACCACUUCUGGUGGAGGGUGGGUCAAGGGUCUCACAUCCAACAAGCUCCCCACCCACCUGGCAAACAUGUGUGGGGAGAGGCGCUAAUCCUAGACUCCCUCAGUCUUCAGGCAUCAAACGGGAGUUUCAACCGGUCCCAUGUGGACUCCAGUGGCCAGUCUCCAAGCCUGAAUCUGGAGUCGAGCCUGAAAGGGCUUCAGGUGGAGCUGUCGGAGACCUGUGCGCUGUGUCUGUCUCGCCUGGUGUCCCUCAUUAGUUGGCCUCGCAACAGGAGUGCACAGCUGUCAGACGCUGCCUCUGUGUCUCCCUCUAGUGGCGAUGUCGUCCAGCCCGCCCCCACCCCACACCUACCGCUGCUUUUCAAACUGGAGUGUUGUCUGGAGGAUGUCAAUGUCUUUUCACUCUCUAAUCUGGCAGGUGCUGUGUCCUUGCGGAUGGACACUGUCAGGGUGUUAAGUUCUCCCGAAAGCUCCACGGUGUCUCUGCAGGGUGUUAGCCUGUCUGUGGUCAAGGAACUCACAGAGAAUAUGGAACCAUGUUGCCCUGCCUCCCAAACUCCCAACCCUGUGCUCAAACUCACCAGUCUAGCCUUCUGUCACCACAUCACCAGCCAGACCUUAGAGGUUCAGUGUGAAGAGGAGCUCACUGUGGACUGGACGCCAGCAGACCACAUGUUCUUGUAUCAGCACAUGACCGAAGCCCAAGCUUGCUGGGCUGUGCUUUGUGGAGAGCAAGAAAAGGACAGUCCCGUCACACCUGGAGACAGUGAAACUGAUUCAGGGCAUGGCAGAACACUGUCUCUGCGUGUUGAGUUUGGCUGCACUCACUUGACUGCCCAUGUUAGUGAACACAACUAUAUUCUCCUGCUUACAGAGGCCUUCUCACUCUCCACACACGCCGGUUCUGUGCACUUGCAGUCCCCUUCCCUGGUCCUCAACUUCGAUGGCAACAACAUCUUCUCCUUCAAAGAACUAGAUGUCAAGACACACCCAGAGCUGACUGAAAUGCAGCUGCACAGAGACACCUUCCCCUUCCUCACCACCCCUCACAACCGUGUCUGGGUCCUCACCUGUCCUACCCUGGCGGUAGAGUUCCCCUACCAGUACAAUUUUUCAAACACCUUUGACAUGGCCAUUAGCGUGCAGAAGUGGCUGAAGACUCUGCAUCGCUCCCCAGCUCAGUCCACCGCCGCCCAACGUCUACCCCCUGACCUUGUCUUUAAAAUCAGCCAGUUCUCGUUUGUCUUCCUGGAUGACAUCUUUGAGAUAAAGCUGCGUGACAACUAUGAGCUGAUGAAGGAUGAGAGCAAGGAAAGUGCCACGCGUCUGCAGCUUCUGAAUAAGAAGGUGGCAGAUUUGCGCAAGCAGCAUGGAGAACUUCUGCCUGCCAGGAAAAUAGAAGAGCUGUACAGCUCACUGGAGAAGAAGCACAUUGAGAUUUACAUCCAGCGCUCACGCCGCCUCUAUGCCAAUACACCCAUGAGGAAGUCUCUGCUGACCUGGACUGUGUCAGACUUGGAACUGGUGGCCUUGGCUGACCAGUCUCUUCAUGGGCCAGAGAGGGUGAGAGAUCAGCUGAGGGACAUUGAUGGAAUCAGUCCCUUCCCCAGAGAUGGACUCCCUCUGGUGGUCCAGUGGUGCCGUGCUGUCAAGUUCAAGCUCACUGCCUUCUUGGUGAGGAUUCGUGACUACCCCCGCUACCUGUUUGAAAUCCGGGACUGGGAGCUGUCAGGACGCCUGAUUGGGACUGAGCAGGAUGGCCAGGCUCGGGCUCAUCGCAGACAGAUUGUCCCACUCGGCCCACCAUGGGGAGAUGUGACCGUCCACAGGAAUAUGCCACCACUCAAGUUCUACUAUGACUUCAAAUCCAAUAUCUCUCUCUACACUAUUGUGUGGGGGCCAUGUUGGGACCCUGCCUGGACUUUGAUUGGUCAGGUGGUUGACUUGCUGACUAAACCCACCGUUGACCCCUCACCUCCCCUUGCCUGGUGGGACAAAAGUCGUCUCCUCCUGCACGGACGCUGGGUUAUGGACAUUGACCAGGCCAACCUUCAUCAGCUAGCUACAGAGGACCCCUAUAACACUACAGAAAACUUACACUGGGAAUGGAAUAAGCUGAACUUUGACUGGAACCCUGGACAGUUUGUUUUUAAAGGUGACAUGGAUGUUAACGUCAGGACAGCUUCAAAGUAUGAUGAUAUCUGUUUUCUACACCUGCCCAACCUGUGUAUGACCCUUGACCUCCAGUGGCUUUGCCAUGGAAACCCCCACGACCAUCACGCGAUAAUGCUCUGUUGUGCAGAGAAUGUGGCCGACCUGACUUCAGGACAGCCUCACGACUCUUACAGAGCUUUUCGUUCAGAGAACCUCAACCUGUCUAUCACCAUGGACCUUAACCAACACUGUGACACCGGUGUGUGCACUCAUGAGCCUUGUCAGCCCAGGAUCCUCCUGUACAGCAGCACCCUGCGAUGGAUGCAGAACUUCUGGGCCACCUGGACCAGUGUUUCCCGACCAAUCUGCAGAGGCAAGCUCUUCCACAGCCUCAGGCCUAUCCGCAAGAAGCUGGGUCAGCACUACAAGCAGAUGUCCUACACAGCUAGCUUCCCACAACUACAAGUGCAUUACUGGGCCUCCUUUGCCCAGCAGAGAGGCAUCCAGGUGGAGUGCAGUAAAGGGCACGUCUUCACUAGAGGGGCACAAAGACUCAUCCCACAAGCUGGCACUGUGAUGAGGAGACUGAUCUCUGAAUGGAACAUGACUCAGAUGGUUAGUGAGCUGUCACAGGUGACGGUUCACUUGAUGGCUUCCACGUGGGAUGAGACGGCUGACCACCAGAUGAACGCCCAGGUGAAGAAGACUCACCUGCUCAGCCUGUCGUCUCUGAGCUACCAGCGACAGAGCAACCGGGUGGAAGAGGAGGUGAACCCCAAGGAUGAGAACAAUGCCUCCUACACUCACAAACUGCGCUUGGUGGACCUGCGUGCCUCCUGGACCACCACGAACAGGAACAUAGCCUUUGGGCUGUAUGACGGUUAUAAAAAGGCAGCUGUAUUGAAGAGGAACCUCUCCACUGAAGCUUUGAAGGGCCUGAGGAUCGACACACAGCUGCAGACCAAGAAGCUCAAACGCUCUCCCUCCAACUACUCUCCUACCACAGCCCCCUCUACGCCCGUUAUGCCCACACCCACCCGAACUGAAAAAAGUCAGAAUGAAGGAACAACCAUGCUCCAGAAGCUCAUCGAGGAGACCGAUAAGUUUGUGGUGUUCUCAGAGGAGGACUCAGCGGUCAGUGACCAGCUGUGUGGCAUCGCAGCCUGUCAGACUGAUGAUGUGUAUAACCGCAACUGGUUUAUUGAGUUGGUCAACUGUCAGAUGAUGCUGCGUGGCACAGAGACAGCAGGCUGUGUGCUGGUGUCUGCAGCCAAGGCCCAGCUGUUGCAGUGUGAGCACCACCCCGCCUGGUACAACAACACCCUGAAGCAGAAGACCACCUGGACCUGCUUGCUGGACGGCAUGCAGUACUUUGCCACCAUGGAGCAAAACCCCUCUGAACAUGAGGACAGGCAGCUGUGGCUGGAGGUGAAAAACAUAGAGGAGCACAGGCAGCGUAACUUGGACUCGGUGCUGGAGCUGAUGGAGAGCGGCCAGGCUGUGGGAGGAAUGGUUAGCACCACUACAGACUGGAACCAGCCAGCUCAGGUGAAUGAAACCCAGCAGGUACAGCGUAUCAUCUCCCGCUGUAGCUGCCGGAUGUACUACAUCGGGUACAGCCAUGACAUUGACCCAGAGCUGGCCACACAGAUUAAACCACUAGAGCUACAGAAUAACCAUGAGAAAGAAGACCUGCUGAAAAAACAGGCUGGCGCUGUGGACACCUUUACCCUCAUUCAUCAUGACCUUGAGAUCUCCACCAACCCGGUCCAGUAUGCCAUGAUCCUGGACAUAGUCAACAACCUGCUGCUGCACGUGGAGCCCAAACGGAAGGAACACAGUGAGAAAAAGCAGCGUGUUCGUUUCCAGCUGGAAAUCUCCAGUAACCCUGAGGAGCAGCGCAGCAGCAUCUUGCACCUCCAGGAAGCGGUCAGGCAACAUGUUGCCCAGAUUAGACGCCUGGAGAAACAGAUUUACUCCAACAUCAGGGCACAGCCAGAGGAACUGAGUGGCGAUGAACUGACAGAGAUCAACUUGAGACUGCAGAAUCAGCUAAACCAGGAGAAGACUGACAUGCAGAUGAAGAGUGAAGAGCUUAACAUCCUCAUCAGGUGUUUUAAGGAUUUCCAGCUGCAACGGGCGAACAAGCUGGAGCUGCGUAAGCCGCCAGAGGAUGUGAGUGUGGUGAGGAGGACAGAGAUCUACUUCGCCCAGGCUCGCUGGUGUUUGACUGAAGAGGACGGCCAGCUCGGCAUCGCAGAACUGGAGCUGCAGGGAUUCAUGUACAGCAAGCUGAACAAAUCUGACGACACGGCAGAGCAUCUCCUGGAACUGGGCUGGUUCACAAUGAACAACCUCCUACCCAAUGCAGCGUACAAGGUGGUACUUCGACCUCAGAAUGCCCGCCAGUCAGUCCGCCAGUUUGCCCUGCGCAUCUUCAGUAAAGUGCGCCCUCCUGUGGGAGGGAUCUCUGUCAAGGAACACUUUGAGGUGAAUGUGGUGCCUCUCACCAUUCAGCUAAUGUACCAGUUCUUCAAAAGAAUGAUGGGAUUUUUCUUCCCGGGAAGAAAUGUAGAGGAGGAGGAAGUCACUGAUGAGGAAGACAAGUUCCGAUUGGUUACUACUGGUAUCCCCGUUAAGCCUCGGCAGCUGUCAGAGGACACCAUGGGUGCUAUGGGCCCAAGCAAAGGUGUUGCUCAGGGACUGAACCGCACCACCGGGGUCAGGAGGUCAUUCAGAAAACCACCUGAGCAUCCUGUCGAUGACAUCGAUAAGAUGAAGGAAAGGGCUGCCAUGAACAACUCCUUCAUCUACAUUAAGAUUCCUCAAGUGCCCCUCUGUGUUAGCUAUAAGGGAGAAAAGAGCAGUGUGGACUGGAAGGACCUGAACCUGGUUCUGCCCUGUUUGGAGUACCAUAACAACACCUGGACCUGGCUAGACUUUGCCAUGGCUGUGAAAAGGGACAGUCGGAAAGCUCUUGUUGCACAGAUGAUAAAGGAGAAGCUGCGUCUGAAGCCUGCUUCAGGCACAGACCUGCGGAUGAAGACUUCUGAAGGGAAGUCAGACAACAGCCUGCAGCAGCAGGAGGAAGAUGAGAAGGCAAAGCUCCUCAUUGGGCUCAGCACCACAGACAAGAGCUCCACCAAGAAGAGCAUCUUCAGCCGACGCAAGUGACACACUCACACAAACACACACUCUCACACUUAGGCAGAAGCCGCCUGGAUGGCCCACUACGGCAGCUACCACACUCCCUCAGUACAGGGAUCAGAGAAAGAGCAGACCGGCUGAUGUGGUGAAGCGGAACGGAAGAGGAGGUGGUGGAGCCUGUUUGGGAACAGGACAGAUUUAAACUGUGUCAGGAGUUACUGUACCUUCUUAUGCCCCCAAGAGCCUGCUGAACAUAAAAAUGUUUUGGAAUUCUUUUUUUUCUAGAAGAUUUUAACAUUUCUCCGAAAUGAUAUCAUGCCCCAACAUCCCUGGCAAAGUUCCCUACAGCAAAACCCACUUAAGCUGCAGGAUUACCAGGGUGCCUUUUUGAUCCAACAUAUGAUUUCAUUUAUUUAUGUGCCAUUAAAAUUUCACUGCAUUUCAUAACCUGUGCAGCUUUCAAAAUAGUGACCAAUUAGAUUGCAUUUCAGUGUAACCAGGGUGAUUCAUAUAGCUAGCACUUCACUGUUACUGUUUUUUUUUUUUUUUUUUUGCCUCUAUAAAUGCAAGAUGGAGAGCACCUUUUCCUGCUGGCUCAGGAACUCUGUGUGUCAAACUUUUUCAAGUCUGGUAGAAUAAACAGGACUCAGUUGAAAGCACCUUGAGAACCACUUAAAUGCUGUCAGUUGUGAAAAUUAGAUUUAGAAAUACCUAUAAAUAUAUCUAUAUAUAAAGCUGAUAAAAUAAUAAUAAUGAAAAAAAAAAAAAAGUGUAUAUCCCUGUAUGACUGUCAUUAUGACAAGCCCAUUCCUAUAAGUGACCACAAAAUAUGCUAGCUUAUUUUUUUACUUCUAUAUGACUGCCUGCAUCUUUCAGCCGGCUUGUGUUUUAUUGUACCUCACACCAGUGCAAUACACCAAGAAGAGAGCAGCAAAAUAUAUAUUUAUGUGUUGUAUAGUAUGGCAUUGGGGAAAAAAAUAAUAAAAUAUGUCGCAGCUAAUCGCCGAUUGAUGUUUUGUAAUUUUAACACUCGAGCACUUUUUAUGCAAAGUAUUUUGAUAUUUUUGUAACUGUGGUUUCUGUUGAAUCACUUGUAUAACUGCUGCCAAAUCCUGAUAUUUCAGUCACAUCUGUUGAAACGUAGGUUCGCCUAAACAUUUCUGUUAAACCUAAAGGACUGACUUACUUCACUGUUUUUAUCCAAGUGGAUUUUUUUUUUUUCUAAUGUCCGUCAUUUCUGUUUUCUGUCAGAACGGUCGCUUCGCUUGUUGUUAAUCUGUCAAUAAAAGUGUUUCUGUCUC